GCGAUGGAUGAGGAGUCAGAGGUUGCAUCGGGGAGGAAGAGAAAAAUAACAACAAACCCUGACAGUGAGAGGCUAAACUGGCUGGGCAGAUGAAAGGGAACCCCGCUCCAACCAGGUUGGUCCAUGCCUGAGGCACAGGUUGGCUGUGUGUUGGACUAUUCCAUUUACUCCCUCAAACUGGGAUGAUCCAAACAUUUGAGGGAGCGUCUGAUGAUGAGUCUGACUUUGAGGAGACGUCCAUUUGAGACCCUUUUUAGCUGAUGAUUGAGGUGAAUCUUCAUAUUGACAUCAUCACCCAAUGUGGAGGAGGAGCAUUCUUCUUUGUUACACACAUCCAUAUGUGGAUUCAUGUGAAAGCUCUCUCUCUCUCACUCACACACAAACACACAGCACGUCAGUUCUUCAAGUGUGUGUGUGUGUGUAUCGGCCUGUGUAAGAAAAACAGUGCCACCCAAAACUGUGCCAUGAGAAUUUCUGGCAAAGGCCAGACCUACUCCUCUUACUGUGCCAAUCUCUAGCAUUAACUCAAUAGGAUCGUCCGCCUCUAGCUAGUUGAUUAACAGAGCUGUGUUAAAGAGGGAUUGUUGUCCUGGAAGGAGCUUCCUGCCCUCGAGGAACACCAUCCGCUCAGACUGCCUCCCUCUGAGGCUCAGGCGGCAGAUGCUCCGGCUGCAAGUUCCAGAGCCACCCUGCCCCAUUGAGGACCACCCCACCCCAUAGAGGACCAUCCAGCCCCAUAGAAGACCACCCCGCCUGCCCUAACAGCCUCUCGGAGGGACCCACCCCAGGAGCACCAUGGAAGGGCUGGAGGUGGAGGACAUUAGUCCUGCCCUGGAGGCCACUGAGGACUUCCUACACUGCCUGGAUGGGGGUGGAGGCCAAAGCCACUGCCAGGGUGGGGAUGGGUUCCGGCAGCCCAGGCAACAACACCCCAAGCUGCAGGAGAUGUCUGCAGCCCUGGGGAAGCUGAGCUCUAGCGGGGUUUGGGGCCUGCUGGCCAGGGAGCAGGGGACUGAGGUGUCCCCCCGUAACGUGGCCUGGGCUGACCAGCCCUCUGCCUUCAGUGUGCUGGCUCUGAGGCAGGGGAAAAGGAGUCGUGCUCGUUCCACCAACGACCUGGCUGCCCACACCAAGGACACCAACAACACCACCUCUAAUUCCUCCAACACCGCCUUUAAGAAAGGCCACAACCGCUCACGUUCUGAUGUCAACUACCGGCCGUCCUACACAGACAACACUAAUGGCCUGCCUGCUGUGGACAAGAACAUGCUGAAGAACAUUGCUCUCAACGACCAGAGAGAAGAAGCUCAUAAGGACAGCAGCAGCGGCAGUGUGGUGAAGCAGGGCUCCCUGGAGCAUCGUGAGGGUCAGAAGGGUCGUUGGAGCAUCUGCCACCUAGAGCUGACCCCCUGUGAGCUGCGUCUCUACAGCCUGGACAGCAGUGGUAACCGCCAGCUCUGCACCGCCUACUCCCUGUCCCACUGCCAGGGGGUUAGCCAGCCCCAGCCACCACAGGACGGACGAGUCCUCCAGGCCCUCUUCUUCAACAGCUCCACCCGCCUGCAGUUACGUGCUGCCUGCCAGUGGGAGGCGCUAGACUGGAGGAGGCAGAUCUGGGAGAGAGUAUUGGCUGCCCGGCCCGCCCACAAACAGGCAGAGGCGCCUCCAGUCUUAUCCCCGUCGUCAUCCAUCUCCUCUGGAGGUCUCGACACCAGACCAGACCCCAUUGGUCCUGCUGAGGCUGCCCUGACCCCUCAUACCUCGCAUCUCCCCCCAGCCCGGCCCACGGCUCUGCCCCUGUUCACCAAGCACUGUGCUGAUGUCCUCAAGGUGGGUCUGCUCCACCAGCAGACUGACCUCAACAACUGGAGGGCCUUCACCUUCGUGCUGAGUCGUUCCACGCUGCAGGCCUUCCCAACCGAGGGCCGGGGGCCUGUGUCCGAACCUGUCCUCCACUACCCGCUGGCCUCCUGCCUGGUCGUGCAGAGGGACGAGGUCGAGGGGGCCAGCGCCGCCCGUUUCCAGGCAGUCUUCCCCAGAGAGGUGCUCCGUCUGCGGGCUGAGAGCCAACUCAAGGCCCAGGACUGGAUGGAGGCCCUGCUGACGGCCGUGGCGGCCCAGAGGCCCCAGGGGGAGGAGGGUCAGGGCUCCAGCCAGGCCCAGCCAGGUGCAGUGUCGAUGGGGACGGGGGUGCUGCUGAGGACCAAGCCCUCCAGGGAGAGGAAGCAGAGGGAUGCCCAGAGGGCCAAGAGACAGUCAGUCACCACCAGCUUCCUCAGUAUCCUCACCUGCCUGGCUGUGGAGAAGGGCCUGACCACCCAGAGCUUCAGGUGUGCAGGGUGUCAGAAGCCAGUAGGGUUGUCGCGGGGCAAGGCCAAGGUGUGUUGCUACAGUGGCAGGUACUACUGCCAGAGCUGUCAUCAAGACAACCUGUUCCUCAUCCCUGCCCGCCUGCUGCACAACUGGGACACCAACAGACACAAGGUGUCCAAGCAGGCCAAGGAGUUCCUGGAGUUUGUGUAUGAGGAACCCCUGCUGGACGUGCAGCAGCUGAACCCGUGUCUGUAUGAACACUGUGAGGGCCUGGCUGCAGUACUGCGCCUGAGACAGCAGCUCCAGUCCCUUAGAGCAUACCUGUUCAGCUGCCGCGCUGCCGUGGCCGAGGACCUCCGUAGAAGGAUCUUCCCCAGAGAAUACCUCCUGCAACACAUCCACCUGUACUCACUGGCUGACCUGCAGCAGGUGAUUGAUGGGAAGCUGGCCCCCUUUCUCUCCAAGGUGAUUAAGUUUGCCAGUUCCCACGUCUUCAGCUGCAGCCAGUGCAGAGAGAAGGGCUUCAUCUGUGAGAUGUGUCAGAACGGACAGGUCAUCUACCCCUUCCAGGAGAGCGCCACUAAGAGAUGUGAUGGUUGUGGAGCGGUGUUCCAUACAGAGUGUCAUCAGAAGGCCCAGCCGUGUCCACGCUGCGUACACAGAGAGCUCCACCAUAAGAGAGCCUCCUCUUUCUGGAGCCCUGACGACGAUACACCAGGCUUCUUCACACUGCCUUACCAGUACACCUGAUCACAAAUACACACACAUCCUGGGACACACACACACACACACACACACACACACACACACACACCCAACACCCGGAGAUACACACACACACACACACACACACACACACAGAGAUUGAAACAGCAGUUCCACUCCACAGAGCUACUCUCACCAAAGUCAAUGGAAGCAUGUGUGUUUGUGUGUGUGAGCCAGCCAGGAUGCACAGUGAGAGUGUUGAUGACUAAGAAAGGGUUAUGCUCUCUCACACACACCUGCUUUGUGAGCUAAGCUGACAUCACUCUCACCUGGGAGCCUCUCUGCUAUGUGCUAUCUUCAUAGUGCUGCACACACACACACACAAACACAGAUACACAGAUACACACACACAAACACAGACACCACAAAUAAAGGGAGAGGGACUAUGCUGACUCAACAGCAGGGAUUGGUCCUCUUGACUUUCUGGACACAGUCGCGCGCACACACACACACACACACACACACACACCACCUGAAGGUGUUACGAGGUGACCUGUCCACAUAGACAUACACACACCAGGUGACCAAACAGCUGCUUAAAAGAAGAACAGCUGGUGUGAUGUCACUAUAGCCUAUAUCUAUAGCCUAUAUCUGGACUGUUGGUGUGAUGUCACUAUAGCCUAUAUCUAUAGCCUAUAUCUGGACUGUUGGUGUGAUGUCACUAUAGCCUAUAUCUGGACUGUUGGUGUGAUGUCACUAUAGCCUAUAUCUAUAGCCUAUAUCUGGACUGUUGGUGUGAUGUCACUAUAGUCUAUAUCUAUAGCCUAUAUCGGGACUGUUGGUGUGCUGUCACUAUAGCCUAUAUCUAUAGCCUAUAUCUGGACUCUGUUGGUGUGAUGUCGCAACUCGCUAUAUAUUUGGACUAUAUAUCUGAACUCUACAUGUCCCUCCUUCCCCACACUGUCCCUCUGCCCUUCACUCUCUCUUUAUCCUCCCCGUCACAUGUUUUUGCACUAUUUAUGCAUGUUCAUUAGGAUGUCAAGCCACAGACUGGGCUAGUAGCCACUGUAUUUAAGGAUGAGUUUGCUUAUUUAACUCACCUAUUAGCCCUUAGAGCCCCUCUAACCAACCAACCUUUAUCCAGACAUAUUAAAUAGGAGAGUCCAAGUGGGGGGACGCUUAUUAUGAUCAAGACACACUUGAAACUAGAAUGAGAUUGAGUCAUAGUUAUUUUCAAAUCACAUAUCAUCCUACCAUGUAUGCUUUUUCCUUGAGAGUGAUAGGACAGCAGUAGGGAGUAGCUGCCCCUAUGGGGCUAGAGGCUGGUGGAUGUAUUGACUGUCUCCAUUAUACUCCGUAGGAAAGGCUCCAUCAGGUCAGCCCUACAUCCCCCAGGCCUCAGCCACAGAGGGCCCAAAUUACAGUCUAUGGAAAAGACCAUGCAGGGCUUAGUUAUGUUACGCAAGCCAUCUCAAACCCACAGGAGCUGGGACUCUUCUACUGCUAUGACUCAGUGCUCUCACUCUAGAGUGAGUGAGUGAGUGAGUGAGUGAGUGAGUGAGUGAGUGAGUGAGUGAGUGAGUGAGUGAGUGAGUGAGUGAGUGAGGAGGGUGGUUAUUUGGGGAGGGGGGGUCUAUGACUCCCUAGUGUGACUGUUCUAAGCUCAAAGGACUGGUGGUGGAGGAUGAGAGCCCCAGUGUGUGUACUGUAUGUGUGCUUUAGGAUCCCCUUUUUCCAUUACUUGAACUCUACUUGGGCAAUAAUAUGUUUUCUCUGCAUUGUUGCCUUUUCCUCUCCUCUCUUUCUUCUCCUACUUUCUGAGGUACUGUGCUUUAAUCGUACAAAACUUUACAAGACAGAAGCUUUAGCUUGAGUUGUGUCUUCCUUAUGCAGCUAGGCCUUUAUUUUCAGAUUCUGCUUUCCCUAGAAUGUCUUUGUUUAUCACUUUCCACAUUUUUUCCCAUUUUGUCCCAUCUCUCCUGAAAGGGCCUUAGUACCCCUUAAGCUGCUCAUCCAAGUUUUGGUUUGUUUAUUUAUUCACGUAUUUGUAUGUAAGUGUGUAUGGUUUACAUUUGAAGUUACAAGUCAUGUCACCCUCUGGAAAAAAGCUUGAUUAAAGCUGGAUAAGAGCUAACUCUGGUUCAGGCUGUUUGUGUGGCCUGCUAACACUGAGCCAGUGUUACCAAGCAGCACUAAUGCCCUGAACAAGAGCAAGAUAACGGCUAGCUAAGUGGCUGUGCUUGUUUAAAUGCAGCUACAUUAUCAUUUGGUUUUCAGUAUUUUUACAUUUUGCACUAUCAAUUAUUUUGCUGUUAUAAUGUUUGGGGUUGUAUGCUAUUAUGUCCAGUAAAUCAAUCGCUUGUUUUUUGUGUGAAUUAUAAUUAUCUGCUCUGACCAUUUCAUUCAUGUUAUUUAUUGAGUGUCUUUUCGCCUGCCUUAAAAUGAAAGCCAAUCCUGUUACAGCGAUAAUGUAGUUUGUGUGAGACUGACGUGUGGGCUUCCAUCUUUAAUCAUCAAAAUGCCUCAGAUGCCCAUGUAGUAUUAAGCCAUGUUUCUGUUUUUCAUUGUAUAGAAGAGAUCCAAAACCGAUGGUCACUGUUGCUUGAAUAAAGGUGUUUACUCCAAUCUGGAAAGCAAAGGAGAUAAUAUCUUAAAUAUGAUAUUUUCUUUUAACUGGCUUCUAGCAAAGCUCAAUGUACUAAGAGCAGAAAGGGAAGGCUUAUAAACCGUCUGUUCUUUGAAGUAAAACUCUGUGCAUACUUGCAGUAAAAUGUACAUAACUGAAGUCUAUCAGAGUGCCGGCUCUCAUAGACUGUCUUAAAAAGCUUAUAUGACUAGUAGUGUUACUGCUUCUCUUAAUGUAUGUUGAGCUUAAACAUCAGGAAUUCACUGCACUGGAAAUGGUGGACAAUACAGUCACUACUGAGGGACUGAUGAGGGCAUUGAACCUAAGGGAAGUAUUCUCCUGGACAUGUUUUUCCUGUUCAGAUGGACCGACAAAUAGGGAUAUCUUUCUUUCCACAUACAUUCUCCAACCUUCACACCAUGAGCACUUAGUUUCUGGAUUAAUGAAUACACCCUGCUAUUCAAUACUGGGUUUUUAUUGUGGAUUUUACUCUGCCUUUGUUACAUUUUGUUAUUUUGUAUCACUUAUUUAUUUUAUUUAUGUUGUGUACCAACCAGCACUUUGGACUUCAGCACUGUUUCAGGUUUACCUACUGUUCUAUCUUUCUGUUUCGAUAUGUAUCACAGCCAACAGCCAACCUCUUACAGAGACUUGUGUUUCAGUACCUGAUCCCUCCUUCCCCCUGCUUUUCUUUGUCUUUUUUUUUCGUUUUUACCACUGAUGCCAAUAAAACAAACAACUUAAUACAG